AGCCUCAUCUCAGCCGUUAAAAAACUAGUGGCCCAUCUACUUGCACCGACUCAACCUCACGCACUAUAUAAACACCCAAACCCCUCUCUUUUUCUUCAUAAUUUCUCAUUUACUUUUUCGAAGUCUCUUGAAACCUUCUUUCUUCACAGUUGCUUUCAUUGUCCGUGUUCCGAAGUUCAAAUCAAGCAAAGUACAUGGUUGAGUUGGACAUCCAGAUCCCAACUGCUUUCGAUCCAUUCGCUGACGCCAUAGAAUCGGAUGCCCCCGGAGGAAAAGAGUAUGUUCAUAUACGCAUUCAGCAAAGAAAUGGAAAAAAGAGCUUAACAACUGUUCAAGGGCUGAAAAAAGAUUACAGCUACGAGAAAAUUCUCAAGGAUCUUAAGAAAGAGUUCUGUUGCAACGGGAAUGUUGUGCAGGAUAAAGAACUUGGUAAAAUUAUCCAACUACAAGGUGAUCAGAGGAAGAAGGUUUCUCAGUUUUUGGUUCAAGCCGGUCUUGUGAGGAAGGAUCAGAUCAAGAUUCAUGGUUUUUGAGAGACUUGGGUUUUUAUAGUUUGAAGCUGCUGGGAAAUUGUGUGCUGAAGUUGGAGUGUCUUUUGUUUUGUUUUUAGUUUGAUUUAUGUUAUUGAAAUAAGUGUGGUUUGUUUUUUGUUUUUCUGUUUUUUUAUGAUUUGAGUUAUGGAUCUUGUGAUUGAUUUUGAAUGUUUACAAGACACUUCAAAUAUAAUAAUACUCAAUGAUUUGGUUUUGA